UUGCCUUCUUCCCACUCUUCAGCUCCUCGUCCUCGAGAUGAUGUUUCUCAUGGUGGUCAGUCACGAGAAGAGACAGUUCCUACUAUACCGGGAUAUCAUGACCAACACGCUCCUAGACCUCCACCACCUCCUCCUGAGGAAGAUGGCUACGAAUCUGUUGACCCAACUAGUCUUGGACCUCCUCCACCCGGUCCUCCUGCUGCUAAACCAAAACCGCCAGCUAAGAAGUCUUCAUGCCCAAGACAGGGAAAAAUUGAAGAUGAUAGUUUCGUGUUUCAAGUGACAAUAGUUGGUGGAAUUGUCCCCUUGAUUAUGCUUAUUAUGGCAUACGGUCUGUUCAAUUCUAUGGAAUCCAAGCGCAAGAAUACGAAACUGAGGUACAGAGACUCCAGUGAGCCGAUGGGUGAAGAAGGUUCUGGCACUGUUGUGGCAGAGGGUAAAGCCAGUGCAUCCGCGGAUGACGAUGCUCCACGAUCUCGUGAAGAAGCUCCUCGAUCCCGUGAAGAAGCUCCUCGAUCUCGAGAAGAAGCUCCUCGUCCUCGAGAUGAUGUUUCUCGUGGUGGUCAGUCACGAGACGAGACAGUUCCUACAAUACCAGGAUAUCAUGACCAACCGGCUCCUAGACCUCCUCCACCCCCAGCACCACCACCACCACCUCCUGAGGAAGAUGGCUACGAAUCUGUCGACCCAACUGGUCUUGGACCUCCUCCACCCGGCCCUCCUGCUGCUAAACCAAAACCGCCAGCUAAGAAGUCCUUCAUGCCCAAGGUUACCAAACAGAAACCCCCACCUAAAGGAGCAGCCGCACAGAAGGGCAAGAAAAAGACUAAAGAAGUUAGAACAAAGGGGAGAGCACCUCCCAAGACAGGUUCGGAUCUGAAGAAGCAGUCAAGAGCUCCACCAAAGCGAAGGCGAUAA